AGCAGCAGCAAGAGGGCCGGGUGGAUAGCGAACUCCGGAUGGGACUGGUUAACAUUAACGGUAGUCGUAAAAGUUAAGAACUACUGCCCUAGACCGUUGCAGAGUUGGUCGGCGGAAGAGUCUCCACUAGAGGGAGCUCUAGAGAGCCCCUCUAGAGCCUCUUCUGGUCUACUUCUCCAUGCUGGCGCAGGUCGUGGGUUCGAUUUCGACCUGGACGUCUGCUCUGUAUUUGGAAUUUGCGUGUCUCACUCCUCGUCAUCGCGUGGAUUUUUCUGCAGCACCCCGUCAAUUUCGCGAAAUUUGGUACUGAUUUCAUCGUCAUGCAAGGACUGCCAUACAUGCUGGGACCAGAAUGUCUCACCACACUCUACAGUGACAGUGCCAUAAAGUUAAUCGAGAGACACUUCAACUUGGUGACUUUAAAAGAUGUGAUGGGAAACAGCGACUUGGCCCAAAAGAUCGAGGCCAUCGGCAUUUUCUACUGGGAACCGCGGGUCACCAAGGACCUCCUGGAGAGUCUGCCGAAGCUCAAGACGGUGGCGAGCGCCGGGGUCGGGGUGGAUCAUCUGGAUCUGCCUCUCCUGUGGAGCCACGGAGUCUCCGUGUCCUACACUCCCGACGUCGUCAGCGCCCCUACCGCCGACAUGGCCAUGGCGCUCCUGCUCGCCUCUGCCAGGAAUCUGGUGGAUGGUGUCUCCCUUACAAAGUCACAAAGGUUUACGGCAAAGGACCGGAGCUUUGUUGGAGUGGACGUCGAUGGUGCUACCCUGGGCAUCUUGGGCAUGGGCCGCGUUGGCCGUUUGGUGGCGGAGAGGGCCCGCGGUUUCCGCAUGGACAUCCUGUACCACAACCGCACAAGGAGAUCAUUGGACGAGGAGACAGGCCUGGGCGCCGUCUACUGCCAGAAGCUUGAGGAGCUCCUGGAGAAGUGUGACUUCCUCAUGGUCACAGUCACCCUGAACGCAGAGUCCAUCAAAAUGAUCGGGAGGAGAGAACUCAAGUUAAUGAAGACCAAUGCUACCAUCAUCAAUGUCGCCAGAGGCAAAGUGAUAGACCAAGAGGCUCUGGUGGAGGCCCUGCAGAACAAGUGGAUCAGAGCAGCAGCUUUGGAUGUCACUGACCCCGAGCCACUACCCAGGGACCAUCCCCUGCUGCAGCUCCCCAACGUCAUCGUCACCCCCCACCUGGGCGUCGACACGGAGGGGGCGAGACGCGCCAUCGUCGAGGCGGUGGUUGAGAACGCACUGGCGGGCGUGCAGGACCGGGCCAUCCCCUGCGAGCUCUCCCCUCGUCGCGCCUGAGACGCGCGCCUCUUCAUCGUCAGCGGAAGCCGGCGGCCGCGUGCGUGGUGGCGCGCGCCGCAAUGGGGGAUUUCGUAUCAGGAGGUAAAGGUGCAGCCCCGGCAAUUGCUGGCUCACGCCACCAUUAGCGAAAGGGCCUCUACUAAAGGGAGCUCAAAAGGGCGUAUUUCUGGCCUACUCUUCCACGCUGGUCAGACGUCAUGCAGGAGGUGGGAGUUACCCACACUUUACCCCACCACACGAAACAUUUCCGAAUUAUGUUAAAUUUGAAAAGUGUUGUUAAGUCCAGGGAUUAACUUCAGUCGGGUCUGUUCCGGUCGACGAACCCAGAAAACACUUCUACAAUCGGCACACCACAUAGAGUAUAUAUCUCACUGCGGGGCUUUGGCUACUCGUCUUGUGCCACCUCCUGGUCUACCAGCGAUCCAGACGAUAUUCAGUGAGAAAUGAAGCUCUAGUUAAGUAUAUUUCAUAAGAGGCAGCGGGUGUUGCUGAUGAUUUGGCACAUGCACAUUGCACAAAGUGUUUAUUGUAAUCGCCGGCUGAACGUUGCUCUGCACAGAGAUCGACUCCACUUUUGCUGGCACUGACUUUUAAUAAUUUGCUCUGCGCGGUCAAUUAUUUCAUGAUGUUUUAUUUGUCUAAUGCUACCCAAUUGUUCAGAACUGUUACACUUAAUAACGAUUGCCUUUGAUUCAACUCACCAUUAAUUGUUUACAACUGAUAUGUAAAAGAGUAGAAUUAUUUAAAUGGGACGGCGUGUUACAAAAACAUAAACUCAUAAUCUUUAAUUCAAAAAGUUAUUUGAUAAAGCGGAACUGUGUGCACAAUAAAACAUCGGGUAAAUUGCAAACGCUGUUGGCACUUGACUGCAAAUUAACAACACAAUCUGAUUGACGCAGACGAAAGGGAGAGAAAAUGUUGAACACUGCCCUACUGGAUCACGGUAUUGUUUACCAAAGGUAUAAACAUGCCGAUGUGACAUCUGAAUAAAAACAAUGAGCAUACGUUUUAACUUUGAAACUUCAAAGUUAAGACGCAGCACCGUGGUAUAUCACUGCUGGAUGAAGGCCUCACCCAAACCGUGUCCAUCACGGGGAUUGUUUGGCCAUACUUUACCACGCUGGGUCACAGCCGGUUGGUGAAUAGUGCGGGACCAAGACCGUUUGGGGUUGCCACCCGGCGUUAACGUUAUCCGUGGCCGGGAAUGUAAACCAGGCGGCCGAGUUCGUAGUUCGCUAACGAGUGCGCCACCGCUCCACCCUCUAUGAAAACAGCCACAGCCAAAAUAGAAACGGGUUUCUAUGUCCGGCUAAUCCGACUUUUCAACCUCACAAUCCAAAACCUCCCAGCAACCUCAGCCGCCACAGAAACAAACCUCAGCUCACACCACAAUUCAAUCGCAACACCAACAAACCCAGAGACCCCUGUUUAGCUUGGCAGACUGCAGCAACAAUGUGCCGUUGGCGAGCGUCGAUUGAAACUGGCAGUCCAUGAUAGGGUCAUGUGGCUAGAUCUACGCGUGGCCACCAUUAUCUCCACGGCACUCAUGUUCGCACACCGCGGUGCAGCACGUACCCAUAUAAUGGUCGAGUCGACCUAUGUGAGACCCAGGAUAUCUUCAUUUACCACUUGCCCCUUGUUAUCCAUGGUUUGGAAUCACACCCAGGUUGUUGGGAUCGUAGUCAUGGUGGCCCAGGUAACUCAGUACACACAAGGGGGAGGCGGACGAUUCUGUCUCCUCGGGUUAAAUCUUCACCGAAACUUUUUCCACGUGGCGACAGAGAGAGAUGAAGCGGUGAAGCAAGAAUACCACGUGUACUACCGAACCUUGACAAUUUAAUGUACUAGAAUUUCGGCGGCCACCUUUUUCUAGCUCCUACGGAGGGCUUCUCGGCGCUCCGCACCUCGCCCAUCGCCCCCACUGUCCUCCCCCCCCCCCCCCCAUUGUGUGCAGAUGCUACUGGGUUGUGCCUCAAAGUUAAAUUAGAUAUUUUUGAAUGUUACC